AUGUCAAUAGACUUCUACAACCCCUUCGUGUCUCCUUCGUAUGGAUUCACCCUCGACAACUCCAUCGAUCACUACACAAAUAUCUUGAGAAAUUAUUCUCAAAACACUGGAGGAAAAUCUGCAUAUUCCUUCUCAAUUCCAUCAACAUUGCCUUUCGCACAAGAGUUCGACUUUAUAAUCGUGGGCGCUGGACCAACGGGAUGUGUUUUGGCUAAUCGCUUGUCAGAAAACCCCAAUUGGAAGGUUCUUCUUCUCGAAGCUGGAGGUCAAGAGACGUAUUUCCAUGGCGUUCCUCUCAUAGCAGCUUUUCUGCAGGCAACAGCCUCCAAUUGGGGUUAUUUGACAGAACCCGAGCCCGGAGUUUGUUUGGGAAUGUAUGGGCACCGUUGCGCAUUUCCUCGAGGGAAAGUUCUAGGUGGUUCAAGUUCAAUCAACUACAUGAUCUACAAUCGAGGAAAUCGUCGGGAUUUCGACAGAUGGGCGCAGGAAGGAAACUAUGGAUGGUCGUAUAAUGAAGUCUUGCCGUACUUCAUGAAGUCAGAGCGAUCAACGCUCAAAGGAGUCGUGGAUUCGUCUUAUCACAACAAAUAUGGCGAGUUGAAUGUCGAGUAUGUUUCGUACAGAACUCCAGCGGCGCGAGCUUUCGUCAGAGGCUCGCAACAGUUGGGCUACAGAUUGACGGAUUACAAUGGAAGGAAUCAAGUCGGAACGUCCUUCGUUCAGGCCACAACUCGACGCGGCGUUCGUCACAGCGCUUCAAGCGCGUUCUUGAAACCAAUCGUCAACAGACCUAACCUCAAGAUCAUGAUCAACAGCCGAGUGACGAGGAUUCUGAUCGAUUCGGACACGAAGAUCGCGUACGGAGUGGAAUAUGUGAGAAACAGGAAAACCAUGCGAGCUUAUGCAAACAGAGAAGUGGUUUUAUCAGCGGGAGUCUUCAAUUCUCCUCAGCUUCUAAUGCUAUCCGGAAUUGGUCCUCGAGAUCAUUUGAAGGAGCUCGAUAUUCCAGUUAUUCAGAAUCUCCCCGUUGGCCAAAUUCUGUACGAUCAUAUGAGCCACUCAGCCUUGACAUACACAGUUAACACAACUGGAUACUCACCAUCUUCAAGUCAGCUAAGAAUUGAUGACUUCACUGAUUAUUCACUCUUCGGAACAGGAAGAUUCUCUAUAAUAGGAGGCAUUGAAGCACUCACUUUCUACAAAUCACCAAACAGUCGAGAUCCUCCGGAUUUGCCAGAUGCCGAAAUUAUGUUCGCCGGAGGAAGUUUUGCUUCGGACGAAGGAGCAGGAACAAUCAGAGUAGCAAAUGUUCGCCGAGAUAUCUAUGAGACAGUGUGGAAACCUCUAGAAAGUUCAUCAUCAGAUCACUGGAUGGGUCUUAUUAUGCAAUUCCGGCCCAAAUCCAGAGGAUAUGUGAAAUUGAGUGACAAGAAUCCUUGGAGUUGGCCAAAAAUCUAUCCAAACUACUUUGAUUAUGAAGAAGAUCUGGAAAUUUUACUUGAAGGAACGAAAGAAGCCAUUAAAAUAGCCCAAACGCCAGCAAUGAAGGCGAUUGGAGCAAGAAUUUGGGAUGUUCCUUUGCCAGAUUGUGCGCAUCUUCACUUCGGUACUGACGACUAUUGGAGAUGUUCAAUAAGAACAAUGUCAUUCACAAUUUAUCAUCAAACAAGCACCUGUAAAAUGGGUCCUUAUUAUGACAGAACCGCCGUGGUUGAUCCUGAACUGCGUGUUUACGGAAUCCAGAAACUUCGUGUCGCUGAUACAAGCGUCGUUCCUCUCCCAAUCACCGCACAUACAAAUGCUGUUUCUUACAUGAUUGGCGAAAAGUUGGCCGAUAUGAUAAAGGCUGAUUGGAAGCGUGGAUUGUUGCAGAAGACCAAAAUGACGUUCGUGUAA